CAAUAUAUACAUGCAGUCCUGCAUGGCUACUUCCACAUCUUGCAGCCUGUUCAUCUCAGUUUUACUAGCGUGCUGCUUCUUACUUGUUCCGCUUUCUCAUGCGCGACUCCUUGCUGACAAAAAUACCCUCAUUGGUAGCAAGGCCUUCUCCAUCAAAGGUGGCAUCGGCGGAGGAGGUGGGCAGGGCUUUGGUGUGAGUAUUAGCCAUGGAGGGCAUGACACAUCAAUUGGUAUAGGUGGUGGGUUUGGAGGCGGAGCCGGCACUACACGUGGUGGCGGCGCAAGCGUGGGUGGUGGAGCGGGUGCAGGCGUUGGCAUAGAUGUGGGUCACGGUGGGGUGGAUGUUGGGAUUGGCGGGGGAGGAGGUGCCGCGGCUAAUGGUGGUGGUGUGCAUGUAGGAGGUGGAGGGGGUGGUGGUGUUGGUGUCCAUAUAGGCCGUGGUGGAGUUAGUAUAAGCGCAGGGGGCGGCGGCGGCGGCGGUGGUGGUGAAAAUGCGGGAAGUAGCGGAGGUGGAUUUGGUGGAGGCAGUGGAGUUGGUCGUUCUGGGAAUGCAGUGGGAGGUGGUGGGGGUUCUGGUAGUGCAAUUGGCAGUAGCGGAAACGGAAAUGGAGGAGGUAACGUGGUUGGAUCAUCAAGUGUUGUAACAGAAGGUGGCUCUGUAAUUGGUGGUGGACAGGGUUGAAAAUAUGUUCUUAUAAUUAUAGGUUAAUAUAUUAUUUAUGAAAUAACAGUCCCCAAUGGAUACUGUAUAUACAGGGGAAUAUGUUUUUGAAACUAAGAGGUUGAACGAUUAUGUAAGCAUGCUUUAAGAACAUUUGAUGCAUGCCUAGUAAUCUUCCCACUGGGAAAUAUAACCACCAUUAUAUUGUAUUAUAAUCAUAUAGUGAUCAAUCUAGCAUGCAAAAUGUGUAUACUAAAGCUUUAACCAGUGUGGUCUUUAUAUUAAUGUAUAUCCACUUCUACACAAAGACCUACAGGUGCCGGUUUCGCAACCAGCACCCCGUAGCUAGGCAGCACUUAUGAGUUCUACCACUACCCAUAAUUGAUUAAAGACUAUACCUUUAGCCUACCACAAUCUAUAAAAAAGUUGGUUUGAAUCAAGCCAACUAUUUCUAGCGGUUGUCGCGUCCUGAGGGAGCAGAGAAAGGACAUGAGGAGGAGUACAUACCUAAGCCCACUAGGGUUGAAAACAGUACGAAAAAUCCUGACCGUAUCGGCUGUCGUUUUCGCUUUCUCUCAACUGUUUUAGCUUGUAACAGAAAUUCUCAAAAAUGAAAAUGGAAACGGUAAAGUUAUCCGAA